AUGAUUCUAGCACAGGACUCCAUCCCUGAAGUUGUCGAAGAAACACCCGGCCAGGCAUUGAACGAACGUAUUGCAAAACUCACAGAUCCUGAAUUCGUGAGCACAUUGGGUCCACAAGACUUGGUUACGAUUGUCAAGCAUGACCCUCAAAAGAAAACCGUAGGGUCCUUCUUUUACGUUGCAGGCUUAGACACUUCGGAUCCAACGACCAUUGCUGUCUGGCUGAAACAAUUGAUGGAAGGUAUCGAAGAGAAACCCCAAUUGUGGUUCGGGAAAAACGUUAAGUUCACUGUAGAGUACAUUUCGUUGACGACUUGGAAUAUAUUCAAACAGUGCGACAUGACCAUCACGGUUCAUCUACCAGGCACUAUAGAGACUACUUUUAUUGAUAAACAGGGCAAUAAGCUCACUUUCGACGCCGACGAGGAGACUGAUAUGGCAUGGGUCGAAGCAUUUAUCAGUGGAAGAAUGAGAGACUUGAUGUGCAUGGUUGAAAACAGAGAUGAUGGCGAAGUUAUCAAUGUGGUGGAGACAAGAAUAUACAACCCACUCAUCAUGGGCCAACUAGAUAACGUUGCAGAUAUGUUCUUGGAAGUGUUCCCUACUUUCUUCCCGCGCGGUAUUGAGGUGGGGUGUCCAUGUAUCUACGGCAACAUGCCUAGCACCCUUACCAAUAACUACUUAGUUGAGACGUUAUGCGAAAUUGUACGUUUAACAAAAUCCGUUGACAAGGCAUUGCCAAUGCUUUUCGAACUAAAGGAGGCAUUUGGUUCAUUGGUCGAUAUCAUAAUCACGAGAAUAUAUCUAACGAAUGAUAAAGAGUUAGACGGUGUCAGACUAAUGCAUGACGCUUUCAAAGAGAUUACUGAUCCAACUUACCAGUGCGAAUUGUUGGUUUUACAGGCGAAGUAUCUAUUAGAUCAUAACGAUCCAGAACUCGCAUUGGAAGCAAGUCAACGUGGUGUUGAUUUGACACCAAAUGCUUUCAUGCCAUGGUUCUACUUGGUAAAAUCAUAUAUUGCUUUGGGAGAUAAUAAAAAUGCGCUAUUAUCGCUAAAUUCUUUACCAAUGAACCUAGCUUCUUCUGCGCAAAAAUAUCAAUACAGAAGAGUAAUAAACACAGAUGGAAACAACGCAACUGUCGAACUACACCUACCACUUCCCUUGGAUGUUGUUCUAGACGAAGUUACAAAUUUGAACUCUUUGUUAGUUAUGGAAGAACACAAGACUGUGAAUCCCGUGUUGUACAAUCUAAAAUCCUCUAUGCUUAAAAAUACUUUCCAAUGGAUUUACGAGCUGCUCUGUGAAAUUGUAAAGACUCUAGGGUGGGAGAAAUUACUUGAAAUCAGAGCAGAAUUGUUCUUAAUGGAAGAAGAAUACGAUAAUCUUGACAGCACGUCUGAAACAGAAUCAGAAAAGGGGGCGAAUCGGGAUAUUAAGGGCAAGAGAUUGUGCGAAAGAUGGUUUGACAACCUCUUUAUGCUCUUGUAUGAUGACCUAAGAGUCAAUUCCCAAUGGCAAGCUAAUGAAUUAAAACCUCAAACUACUUUGGAAUGGGAAUUGGCUGGUUUAUGCUGCUUCCGCUUGAGACAGUUUAGAAGUGCCAAAUCGGCCUUCCAAAACGGUCUUCAAAAAAGGUUCAGUUCCCAAUCGUCAAGAAAACUACUACAGAUUCUACUUAUGGAACGUCAAAGUAACCCUUCUGAAGAAUUGAGUAUAGAGAUUAUAUCUAUUUGCGUGAAACUAUGCUGCUGGAGCCACCGUUGGUACGCCGAGUUCUCUAUGCUUUUACUAGAUGCCAUGUCGAAGAUUGUUGAAGAUCUAGGUAUAAUUAGGGUUCGAAACGAAGUUAAUGCAAGGUUCCCACCAGCCGUUGCCAACCUUUUCAAUGAAAACGUCUUGAACUUUUUUGAAAACUUCUGCAACAAUUACUAUGACGAAUAA